AAAGCCUGUUGCCAAUUAGGAGCCGUGAGCGCCACAUGGGCUAGACGUAGCUAUCUCCAGAAGGGGCAAAGGGGGUAGACACCGAGGUGUGCGCAAUGGAGACAAGCUACAUGGUCUGUGCAACCACUUGUUCAAGAUCAACUGGCACUCGCGAUUUUUUUCACGAUCAGACAAAAUCCAUCGGACUGAAGGAUUGAUGCGCAAACAGGGGCCACUAUUCACUCGUGGCCUGAUUUCGUUUACCUUUCAUCUUUGAAACAUGGCACAGAUCUCUAUUCUAAUCUUACUCUGCGUGGCCUCUCUACUCACCGGGGCUAAGAGCGGACCUGAGUUGUGCCGGGGGACGCGCUGCUUCUCUGGGCAGGACAGGAGUCCGUGCGUCGGAGUGCAUUGCCAGGGGCGCACAGAGGCAGCGGAGUCCCGACAACAGUUUCACAGCUCUGCACAAUACAGGCAAGGACAAGUCUACCCGAGUUACCAACAGGAUGCUCAUGUCAGUCACCACCAAGCCCAGAGCGCGCCAUUGGCACCGUACUCCAUCAUCCAACCUCAGCAGGGACGCUUUGCGCAACCGGCGGGAACAGAUGUCACCAGGAGGACGAACCCGAGAACCGUCACGGCGGAGGUGUUCCAUCCUGGUUGCGCCGGUGGAACCUGUGCGACCACUGGCUCUCACCACCCGACGAGUGACGACAGCACGACCCGGGAGUGUAAAGGGAUUGGAUGUAAACUGCCUCUUCGGAUGCGCCAUGGUACGCAUGGAGGAGACGACGGGAGAGGACACUCUUCACCGGUUCAUGUGACAGACAGAGCGGCGCAAUUUCUGGAUGAGCUUCCAGACUUCGGGUCGGAACGUGGUGCAUGGAUACAAUUGACAUGUGACAUGAAACCAGGGAACAAUGAGCUUCCCUCAGAAGACGCUCUCGUGCUGCAUCUGCAGCUGUCCAAUAGCGAGGAGAAGCUGGUUGAGGCCCUCAGGGGCCAGCAGGACGAGGUCCAGGAUCUGCAGAGGCUCCUCACUGAGCAGCAGGAGACGCUGGUCAACCAGCAGAGAGAAAUACUGGAACAACAGAGGAAGAUGUAUGACCAAAUGGAGCAAGUUAAAGCCCAGUACAGCAUAAUGAUGGAAAGCAUCAAGCAAACAUCUCUCCUGAACCUCCAGGGGGAGCUAGACGUGGACACCAUGAGUGGGCAGGUCCGAGGUCACCAAGCACAGCAGGCUCUCUCCCUGCACAAGGUGGACAUGGAGGCCAGCGUGAUGGAGGUGAAUCCGGAAUCAAAGGUGGGGCGCUCCCUGCUGGCCUGUGGGAGCUGCGGUCCCGAUGAGUACUGCGGCUUCAGCAGCGGUCAUCCUCGCUGUGAGAAAUGUACCAUCUGUCCUGCCGGCUUCUUCAUGGUCGCACAUUGUUCAGUGUACGCUGACAGGAUAUGCCAGGACAGAGAUGAAUGCCUUGAAAUAUCUGAUCUGUGUGGAGACCAACAGAAAUGUCUUAAUACUCCAGGUGGAUUCAGGUGUCAGGGCAUGACGGAGCGAGAAGCCAAUUCAGGAAUGUGUGGCCACGGCUACUUCUACAUCCCGACAUGGACGAGUGUCAGGCCUGUAACGAGUGUGACGGAGAGCCCGUGGCUUCACCUUGUACCUUUACCACAGACUCCAUCUGCUCCGGCCAUGCUGCUGCUGCUGGUGACGGCGCCUUUUCUUUGUCCUGGUCUGGAGAUGUGACGCUGCCUGGCGCUAAAGGCCACAACCUGCCUCACGCCUUCCCCGGCGUGCAGCUUCACAUCCAGCAGAGAGGCGACGCCGGCC